AUGAAAAGAAUCAAAACAAACACAGUGUAUAAUAAUGUAUUGAAAUCGGACGUCAAUGGAUACGGGAAAAAUGCUAAUUUAUAUAAUGCCAAUAAAUAUGAACUUUUGAAAUAUGAAAUGGAAAAGAUGAAUAAUAAUAUGGAACAGUUAAACAAUACAUUAAAAACGAUCAUAGUUGAGAUAUUAAAUGAGAAAAGUAUUAAUGAUACAUCGAUGAAUUCGGCUAUAGCCGCUUUGGAAAGGUAUCAAAAUCUCAAGUUGGAACAAAAUACACAAAAUGGAGAAUCUUACAAAGAAAAUCUAGAUACAACAGCUAAGGAAUUGAAAAAUAUCCUCAUCGAAAACAAAUAUCUUCAAAAACGUUUGAAAGAUUCAAAUAUUGCAAUAGUAAACGCAAAUGAAAAAAUUAUGGUCUUAUCAGAAAAAUCUGAUAACGAAUAUAAUAAAAAAUUAAAUGAAAUAGAAGAAGAACGUUUAGAAUGGAAUGACUAUCAAAUGCAAAUGGAAAAUAUAAUCAUCGAAGGUUAUAAAGCACUAAGCCGCAAAGAUGAAUAUAUCAAGCAUCAAGAUUUCAUUACAGACAAUUUAAGGCAAGAAAAACUUGAUUUGGAAACACGAUUGAAUAAGCCAGUAUUAGAAUUAAAAUCGCAUCAAUCGGAAGAAAUAGAAAAUUAUCAAAAUAAAAUAAGAAAACUUUCUGCAAUCAUCGCUGGUAUGAAGAGAACAUUAGUAUCAACCAAAGAGUCACACAAUAUAGCGAUAUCGGAAAUGAGGGGUCAUCUUAAAGAACUGAACACCUUAAUAGCUACGAAAAACGAUUUGAUUAACCAGCAAAAUAUAACAUUAAACUUAAUGAGAUAG